UAUAGAAAAAAUUGUUUAACAUUGACUGUAAUAUAUAUUAAAUAAUCAGGUUAUUACAAUUACAAAGUGUUACAAAGUAAUCGUAGUGGUAAAUCGUCGAAAAAGGCUGUGUAGUCUAAGUUUCACCAGAGCUUCUGUAAGACUAUAUUGGAUAAAAAUAUUUGUGUUACGUUAUUGUUACACUAUUAAAUAGGAUACUAUAUAAGGUUUAUAAAAUGCCACCAAAUAUUAUUGGUAAUCCUGAAGAUUUAUUCCAUCCAGCGAAAACAUCAAUCGAAACUGUGGACUCUAAUUAUUCUAAUAUCUACCCCCAUUAUAAUCCAAAUGAAAGAAUUAUAACAAAGAAGAGAGAUAGAGAAGAUAAGCCAACAUCUAAAAUUGUUUGGCGAAAUGUUGUUAUAUUUUCUAUUCUUCAUAUAUUAUCAAUUUACGCAUUAUUUUUAUUGAUAGUAGGAUACAUUAAAAGAUCAACCAUGAUCUAUGAAUAUAUUUACGGGACCUUUACUGGACUUGGCAUAACAGCUGGAGCACAUCGAUUAUGGUCGCACCGGUCAUAUAAAGCUAAGUUACCAUUAAGAAUUUUUCUUAUGUUGGCACAGUCGGCUGCUUUACAAAAUAAUAUAUAUGUGUGGUGUAGAGAUCACAGGGUCCAUCACAAAUUUACUGAGACGAAUGCUGAUCCCCACAAUGCAAGCAGAGGGUUCUUUUUCUCUCAUAUCGGAUGGCUAUUAUGUAGAAAACACAAGGAUGUUAUUGAAAAGGGUAAAUUAAUUGAUAUGAGUGAUGUAUUGGAAGACCCCGUAGUUCAAUUUCAAAUUAAAUAUUAUAUUCCACUGAUAUUUAUAAUGGCUUUUGGUCUUCCUACGACUAUAGUAUGGUAUAUUUCUGGAGAAACUUUCUGGAUAUGUUCACUUUUAAAUCUUUUCAGAUAUGUUCUUUCCCUUAAUGCGACUUGGUUAGUAAAUAGUGCCGCACAUAUUUGGGGAAUGAGGCCUUAUGAAAGGUCAAUAAAACCAGCCGAAAAUAUUUACGUUUCGAUAUUUGCUUAUGGGGAAGGUUGGCAUAAUUACCAUCAUGUAUUUCCAUGGGACUAUAAAACAGCAGAACUUGGAAACUACGGAUUUAAUUUUACCACAGCAUUCUUAGAUUUAAUGGAAAAAAUUGGACAAGCAACUGAUUUAAAAACCGUUCCUAAACACAUGAUUAGGAAAAAAGUUUAUCGAUCAGGAGAUGGAAGUUGGAAUGCCAAUGGAACUAGUUAACUAAAUUUCCCUCUUAAUAAACAUAUUUAUUUAUAAUAAUACUAUAUUUUUAUCACAAUUAAUAUUUGAACUAGAUACUAUGUAAAUAAAUUUAAUAAAAAAAUUAAUAUGUA